UCAACAGGAUUUUAAUUCAGAACUGAGAUGGAGAGAACAAAUUUGUUCUGAUGCUCUAAUGAUUCUGAUGACUCGUUAAAUAAUAUAGAAUUCUAGAAAAGUUAAAUCAUUGAAAAAGGUUUAAUGUUGGAAUGCACUAUUUAAAUAGCAUUAAAGCAAUAUGCUGGCAGAAUCAUUAGCAUGCUAGGCAAAAUGUUUAGUGGGAUUUCAUCUGUCUUUAUGUUCUGAUGUUCGAAUUUCAUAAUGGUUGACUUUGGCCUUUCAAACUUUUGGGGUCAAUAAAAUAAGUACCAGUUGAACACUGGGGUCAAUGUAAUCAGCUUGCCCUCUCUCCUGAAAUGUCAGGCCUUGUAUCAAAAUUUGUAACCAGUAUCAGAACUCACUGUGAUUCAUUGGUAAGUAAAGAAUACAAGAAAAGAAGGUCCAUUUAAAAAUUGUUAUUCCAGGAAAGAUAUGGAGUUUUAGAGCUAUUGGUGUUUCACUGGAAUAUAUAGGAUGUUAGAACUUUUGGUGAUUCUCAUAUAUUUUGUUCCAUAGAUAUGAUGAUUAGUUAAACUCCUCAGUCUCAUUAGACAGUAGCAUUAUACAUCAUAAUCAUUACCUUAACCAUAACACUCUGUCAUACCUCAGCCUCUCAACACCUAGCAUACAACCACCUCCCACCUUUCAAUAUCUACCCCAUCCCUUCUUAGUUCAAGGGACUUUUCCCUUUUUCCUGUCCUUUCUUGUCUUGCAAGCUACUUGGUAAACUCACUAGUACCGGUGGCAUGGAAAUAAAAUCAUGCAGCACAUGCUGUAAAGUGGUUGGCAUUAAGAAGGGCAUCCAUCUGUAGAAUCCAUGCCAAAGCUGACAUUGGAGCUCAACACAGCCAUGCAGCUUGUCAAACCGUCCAACUCAUGUCAGUAUUGAAAAACAGACAUCAAACGAUGAUGAUGAUAAUCCAGUAUUUGUAGAAAAGAAAUAAACUCUUCAAAAGAAUGAAGAAUCGUGACCAAUAGACAAAGAAGAACUUCAUCAUUCCAGCCUCAAACUUUGAGUCAAGGAAUUGAAACCAAACUAAAAUACUUUCACUAAGAAGAAAGAAUAUUGACAGCAAUCAUGGAUGUUGGAAACUUGAAGGAACACCCACGCACCUUGAUUCCAGAAUUGUGCCGCCAAUUCUAUCAUUUGGGUUGGUGCACAGGAACUGGUGGAGGAAUCAGCAUAAAACACAAGGAUGAAAUAUAUAUUGCUCCAUCAGGUGUUCAGAAAGAAAGAAUCAAGUCUGAAGAUCUGUUUAUUGUGAAUAUUGAUGGGGAGACAACUGAGGAGCCGCCACCUCCCAAAAAGUUGAAGAUUUCUCAAUGCACUCCCUUGUUUAUGAACGCUUUUACAAUAAGAGAUGCUGGUGCUGUGAUUCACACACAUUCAAAGUUUGCUGUGAUGGCAACGUUGUCAUUCCCUGGAACAGAGUUUCUUGUCACUGGCCUGGAAAUGAUCAAAGGGAUCAAGAAAUGUAAAUCAAAUGUUAAUUAUAACUAUAAUGAGCUGUUAGUGGUCCCUAUAAUUGAGAAUACUCCAUUUGAAGUGGACCUGAAGGAUGCUAUGGCUCAGGCUAUACUAGACUAUCCAGAAACAUGUGCUGUUCUUGUCCGAAGGCAUGGAGUUUAUGUAUGGGGUAAAACAUGGCAGCAAGCUAAAUCCAUGUGUGAGUGCUACGAUUAUCUUUUUGAUAUUGCAGUUCAAAUGAAGACAGCAGGUCUGGAUCCUGCCAUUCUUCCUAAACCACCCAAAGGUGCUUACGUUUCAAAAACAAAUUAGAGUGAUGCACAAAAUGCUUUUUAUCAUUUAGUUGACCACCUUUUUCUGUUCUGAGUUCAAGUCUUACCAAAGUCAACUAUGUAUUUUCAGAUUUUGAGAGGUUUUGGCACAGCCAUUUUGGCACUGCUGAUCCAAUGCUGACUUAUUUGACAUCAGACGUUUUAAUGUUUUUCUUAUUCUCUUCAGCCUUCUCACUUUCUGUCUGUCUCUGUUUAUGUGUGGUAUAUAUUUCUCUUCAUGUGCAUGAGGAGAGAGAACGCGUUUAUGUCAGUUGUGUUCAAUUUUUUUUUUAUUUUAAGAAAGUUCAAAUCAGAGCAAGAAGCCACUUAGUGUUUGGGGCUAUGAAGAAGGAGAAAUGAAGACGAAAGGAAUGAAUUGGCUUAUGACUUGAAAGAGUUCAGGUCAUAUGAAAGAGGAAAACAAUGGAAGAGAAUUCCAAAGUCUGGCAGUUCGAAGAACAAAGCUACAAUUUACAAUUGAUAAAUUGUAAUGUCUCUCUUUUCCAGCUCUUUCUACCACUCUUUCUAUCUGCAUAUGUAUAUUUCUGUGUGCACUUGUGUGUGUUUCCUCCAUUGCCAAAAAGGUACUGAUGCCAAAUCAGACUGACAGCCCAGUCAGCAAUGCCAAAUUGUCAACGUCCAAACAGCUGCGCCUGAACAUCUCAUUCUAGUAAUAUUAUCCUUCAAGGUUUCAUGGAAUAAAGUACUUGUGAAAUACUGGAGUUGAUUUUAUUAAUUACAUUGUGUAACACACAAUUUUUGUCCUUGGGUAGUCAUUGUUAUUUCCUAUUUGCUUACCCCUAGAAAGUAUGAAAGCUGGCUAAUAUUUCCUCA